AUGGAUUUCGCAAGUUUAAUAACUAUUCGUGAGUUUAGAGAAAAUUACACCUAUUCAAAUGAUGACAAUACCUCUACCGACGUCACACAACUGACUUCAAAAAGUUUACACUUGACACGGCUAGUGGUACAGACGUAUUUGGUGCCUAUUGUAGUCACGUUCGGCCUGGUCGGGAACCUUUUAAACAUUUUGGUGCUGGUUAAUCCUAAAAUGCGAUCGUCAACAAAUGUUUAUCUCUUGUCUUUAGCCGUCUGCGAUUCUUUAUACCUACUUUUUUGCCUUACUCUUUCGUUUUUACACUGUUCAAACAAGCGCCUUUCAAGGAACACUUUGGCCUACAUUCCUAUUGCCAGAGUUCUUUCGGACAUAUUCGGAAACACUGCAGUGUGGUUGACCGUUUGGUUUACAUUGGAGAGAUUCGUUGCAGCAAAGUUACCAAUGAAAGGAAAAGCAUGGUGUACCGUGAGUAAAGCGAAAGUAGCCAUUGUCGCCAUAUUUAUUACAUGUGCGAUCAACACAUCUCCGGAAUUCUUUGAGACGACAAUAGUUUCAAUUACAGAAUUGGGAUCCAACGAAACGGACUACUUUAUAUGUAAAAAUACCGAAUUCGCUGAAUUGCACAGCUAUCAAUUUGGAUAUUAUUGGUGGUUUGUGACCAUAUUUACUUUUACUCCUUUAGUUCUGCUUUCGGUAUUUAACAGUCUUCUGAUCAAAACCGUAUGGGAGGCGAACAAAAGGCGUCAAAUAUUGUUACAAACAAGAGUUAUGGGCGAGACGCAGAAAUAUAACAGAGAACAGCAAUUGGUUACUAUGAUGUUGAUUGUAGUUGUCCUUAUCUUUAUUAUAUGUCAAACACCACAGGCAGUGCUUUUGAUUUAUAGAUCGAACGUCCAAACCAAUGGUCAAUCCGUUAGCAUGGAUUUUAUUCGAAUUGCAGGUAACAUUUGCAAUUUUUUGGUGCAAGUAAACGCUUCAGUGAACUUUAUACUGUACUCAUACUUUAGUUCCAAAUUUAGAAAUAUUCUCAAGACGCUGGUCUGCAGAUGCUACGAUUCAAGAAUGAAAACUAUAACUACAAGGUCGUUUGCAGAAAGCUUUCGGGGACAUAACUCCACCAUGUCACGAUCUACCUUUAGAUUAACAGUGACUGCAACGUCUUCUAUCAAAUGCAGGAAAUGUGAAUAUAAUAGCGUAAGAAUACAUUUGUAA